AUGGCCUCUCCUGUACCGAAUCCCUUUCCCUCCAUCGCCGAAACGCUCCAACAUCCGGCCUAUCCAGGUACCAUAUGGAAGCUUGAACCCCAUUCCAAGGGACGCUGUCCCGUAGGCAAGAGCCGCGGCGGGCCAUUCCACAUCGCCUACGAGAUUCACGGCGACGGUCCCAUCAAGAUUGCCUUCAUAAUGGGCCUCGCCGGCGUCAAAGCCGCCUGGCAACGCCAAACCAAACACUUCGGCCACGACAGUUCCCAAUACUCCGUCCUCAUCCUCGACAACCGGGGCAUGGGCGAAUCCGACAAGCCCUGGCGCCGCUACACUACCUCCGCCAUGGCCCUCGACUGCAUCGACAUCCUCCAACACAUCGGCUGGCUCAACCCCACCGACCCCUCACCGAAACGCAGCCUGCACCUCAUAGGCAUCAGUCUCGGCGGCAUGAUUUCCCAGGAAAUCGCCCACCGCAUCCCCCAGCACCUCGCGAGCCUGACGCUCCUGUGCACGGCUGCCGCCGUCGAGAACACGAAACCCUGGUACGAGACACUCGUCGAGCGCUCGAGCAUGUUUAUCCCCAAGACCAUGGACGCCCAGAUCCUCAUUACGGCGAGGCAGCUUUUCCCCGAGGAGUGGCUGCGCGGCCCCGAUGAGUCGGUUAUGCCUUCGCCGAAGGGGACGCCGAGGUGCGGACCUGCGCCGGGGACGCCCGACGGGGAAUAUCUUCGGUUUGAGUCGAAUUUUCAGCGGUUUCAGGCUCAGGAACUCGUUAAGAGGUUGAAUCCUUCGGCAUAUACGAUGUGGGGGCUUACGCUUCAGCUGGGUGCCGCGGCGCUGCAUCACAAGUCUGAGGCGCAGCUUACAGAGCUGGCGGAUAGGAUUGGGAGGGAGAGGAUUUCGAUUCUGCAUGGCACGAAAGAUGAGAUGAUUGAUGUCGUGCUCGGCGAGAAGCUUAUAAAGAUGGUCAAGCCGGGGACCUCGCUCAUCGUGGAGGGGAUGGGCCAUGCGCCGGUACUGGAUAGAGCGGCGUGGGUGAAUGAGAGGAUAGAAACUCACAUUGGGAUGUGCGAAGGUAUUAAAGAUCGAGAAUAG